AGACAAUGGCCCUCCUCCAUAUCGGCUGAGACAACCAGAGCAGGUUGGUCUCUCCGCUUCCAUAGCACGUCGUCUGCUGACAGGAGCUAUGAAGUUCAGUUGUUUCCCAUCCAUCAUACCGACGACCGGGAAAUGGACACCAGCUAUCCUUGCCAGCGAUGGAAGAUUGCACGGCUCCAUCAUACAGGCGACCCGUGUCGGUCACGCCCGCGCGCCCCGUGCCCCGCAGAAGGACCCGGAGCGGGAGGAGCCCUCGCCGGCGGCGCGGAAUAGCGCGGCCGCGCGCCGCGCCAACGGGUCGGCGCUCGUGGCCCCGGCCGCCAGGGCGUCGCAGGCGCCGGACUUCCCCAAGUGCAAGGCCAAGAGGGUGGGCAUUCGCGACCAAGUGCGCAAGACUUCCGACGUCGAGAUAGCUUUCUACCGCAAGGAUCAAAGGGAAGAAGACCUUAUCAGGGGUGCCAUAAUGGCAAAUGACUUCCUGAAUAACCUAGAGCCGAACCAAAUAGACCUGGUUGUCGGUGCCAUGUACCACCAACAUCACUCAGACAACUCGUUCAUCAUAACUGAAGGAGAGCCAGGUAACCACCUGUACGUGUCCGGAGAGGGCGAGUUCGAGGUGCAGAAGAGGGGUCAGUUGCUGGGCACGUUCGGCCCCGGACGUGUCUUUGGAGAGCUCGCCAUCCUCUACAACUCCCCGCGCAACGCUUCCAUCCGAGCAAUGAUGGAUGCCAUGGUCUGGGUGCUGGAGCGGGAGGUGUUCAAGAAGAUCAUGAUGGUGUCCAGCAUCCAGAGGAGCCAAGACAGCGUCAAGUACCUGCGCAGCGUCCCGCUUCUCGAGAAGCUCAGCGAGCAGAACCUCGCCGAGAUGGCAAACCUGCUCAAAGUGAAAUUCUAUGCCCCUGGCACUAUGAUUGUGGAAGAAGGUACCCAAGGUGAUGAGUUCUACAUAAUCAGUGGUGGAAGUGUCAAAAUCACAAAACGAAAACCAGGUUCCACCGACGAGGAAGACCACGGAACGCUAGUGAGGGGCGACUACUUCGGGGAGCAGGCGCUACUGCACCAGGUGCUACGGCAAGCGACCAUCACCGCUCUGUCCCCCGGGGUGGAGUGCCUCGUUCUGGGAAGAGAGCCUUUUGAAAAACUGCUUGGUGGUAUUGAGGGUCUGAGGGAGAAAAUCUACCCAACAGUUGUUUCACACCAAGCUAAAGAAGUGUACCAGGAGAUCAACCUGAAGGAGCUGCAGCGCGUGGGGACGCUCGGUGUGGGGGGCUUUGGGCGGGUCGAGCUGGUGCAGUACAAGCGGAACAAGAAGCUCACCUUCGCCCUCAAGUGCCUGAAAAAGCACUUCGUGGUGGACCAGCAGCAGGAACAGCACGCCUACAACGAGAAGGCGGUCAUGCUCGAGUGCGCCGAGUGCCCUUUCAUCACGAGGUUAUAUCGGACGUACAAGGACAGCAAGUACGUCUACUUCCUCAUGGAGCCUUGCCUCGGCGGGGACGUGUUCACGGUGCUACAGAAAUACCGCAGGUUCCCCGAGGAGGCGGUGCGGUUCAUGACGGGAUGCGUCGUCGAGGCAAUAGACUUCCUCCACAGCAAAGGCUUCAUCUACAGAGAUUUGAAACCAGAGAAUUUGCUGCUCGACGCACACGGCUACCUUAAAAUGAUCGACUUCGGCUUUGCGAAGCGGAUCGGAACCAGCGGCAAGACGUGGACGUUCGCCGGCACUCCAGAGUACGUGGCCCCGGAGAUCAUCCUGGGCAAGGGCCACGAUAGGGCUGUCGACUACUGGGCUCUCGGCGUGCUCGUAUACGAACUGCUCUACGGAGGGCCACCCUUCAGAGGCAACGAUCACCUGAAGACUUACAGUUUGAUAAUCAAAGGAAUUGACGUAGUGAAGUUCCCCCACGAAAUCAGUCGGGACGCCAAGUCCUUGAUAAGAAAACUAUGCAGACUUGUGCCCACGGAAAGACUCGGCUACCAAAGGAAUGGUAUAACAGACAUAAGACAGCACAAAUGGUUUGAUGGCUUUGACUGGGAUGCCCUGAGGCAGAGAUCAUUACCAGCUCCUAUCGUGCAGCCUGUUAAGAGUAACACGGACCUCAGCAACUUCGACAAAUACGAUAAGGAAAAGGAAACACCGCCAGACGAAACUUCAGGCUGGGAUAAAGAUUUUUAACGUCAAAGCCUUAAGUGAGCUGAAACACCGGAAAGCAAAAUAUGGAAGUACAUACAUUUUCUGGCAAAUACUACCUUCCUUGAAUGAGAUACAAAUGCAAGGCAUUCACUGUUGUAAUUUUUUCCCAACAAAACUUUCUAAGUCGCUUAUUUUUAUAAUAGAGUAACAAAAUCAAGAUGAUAAGUAUUUACAUUAAUUAGUCUCUGUAUUUUGUUAUAUUUCUUACAGUUCUAAACUUUGUAUAAAAGAAGAAUGAAAAAUUUCAACUUGUACAGUAAUCACCUAAAAUAGUUUUUCUGUUAAUGUUUUGUAAAAUAAUUUUAUUUAAAUAGAUUUUGGCUUUAUUUUUAUAAAAACUUUACAAAAGUAAAACCAAAUAAA